GAAUCUUUGCGAGUGCCAACUGCUUUACAGGGGCGUUCGUGUAGUCUGCUUUUGUUUUUAUCCCUGAAGGGUUAGAUCUUUUGACUUUGUGUUACUCGUCCUAAGUUGAUUGUUAAUCUUCCCAAAGAUGAAGAGGAAAGUUACAAGAGCUGGGAAAUUGAGACUUAGUCCUAAUGAGGAAACCAUGCUUUUAAAAGAAGAAUAUGAAAGAAGAAGAAAGCUGAGACUACAGCAGGUUAGGGAGCAAGAGAAGUACAUCGCAUUGCAGAUAAGACAGGAAGUAAAGCAGAGGAAAGAAGAGCAACUACGUCAGUUAGAGAAGAUGUUGAGAGCUGAGUGGCAGAAAGCCCAAGAUCAAAAGAUUAAGGCCUUAGAAAAACUGUAUUUAUCAAGCUUAAGAGCUGUUGGUGAAGGACACAGACAAGCCAAGGAAAAUGAACCUGAUUUAGAAGCUCUGGCCAAGCAAGCAGAGGAAAGGAAACAAGUUGCUGAGAAGAGACAUAGAAAAGCCCUGAAAGAGCUGAAGUACCAAAAAGAAAAUUUACUUCGUGAGCAAGCCCGGCGAAUAGAUGCACGUAAACAUGCUCUGGAGGUGGAAAGAGAAAGAGCUGCCAGAGUUGCAAGCCUACCGCCUCCUCCACCACAUCCUUUUGAGAAUUUUGAAGUGCGGAAGAUUCCUGCAGUGAAGGUUUAUAGUGCUGACAACUUUUACGAUACUCAUUAUCAUCUUUCAGAGCCUUAUGUGGACAGAGAAAUGGACCGAGAGCAGCCAGAUGCUCGGUUAGUUGCUGAAGAGGAAGUGAAGCGUCUGGAGGAACUACACAGAGAGGAGGAGAGGGAUAGAAGAGAGCAGCUUGAAAAGGCACAUCUGAGAGGAAAUCAUGCCUUGAAGAAGGUCCGUUUGGCUCAGGACAGGGAAAGGCUAUUGAGAGAACUUGAACAAAUGCAGACUAUGGAUCGCAUGCGCAGGAGACGGGUUGUAGCACAGAUGCCACCUCAACUGUUUGUACCUGCAUACAAACGACUGGAAAUAAAAGACGACUGGCAGAAGGAAUUGGAGUUUGCUUUUGAAGACAUGUACAAUGAAGACAGGAAAAUGAAAGGAGACCUGAUUUUGCAGUUUGAGCCACAACCUUUACCAGCCCCUUCUGACAGAGCUCAAGAUAAUGAACUUGAUAUCACUUUGGAGCAAGAAUCUGCUUGUGAUGCUCGACAAGAAUUGAAAGAGGUGAUAGAAGCGGAAGUUCCUGAGGAAUCAGAAAAUCAUGGAGAAGGAAGAAUUCACCAACCUCAGUCCAAACUUGCCUUAAAUAAGUUGUUGAACAAGAUUAGAAGCCAAAAAGAAGAAUGGACAUCAAAAAGUGAGAGAGCGAGUCAAAGUGAAUUGGAGACUAUUGAAUCAGGCACAAUUGCUAGUGAAGAGAGACGAUUAUGUGAUUUAGAACUUAACCAUGAACAAUGUAAAAAUUCGGUAUCUGAAACCAAAGACCCCGUGGAAAUGUUGGAAGAUACAGUUGUAGCUGAAAAAUCAGUUCUAAUUCAUCCUCAGGAGCAAGCAGCUAAAAUUAGAAUGGAAGAGGAAAGACAAAAAUGGAAUGAACAAAUAGAGCAACAGAAACAGGAACAGCUGGCUUUACUUAAACAAAUUGAAGAAAAGAGAGCAUGUCUGGAGGCUGAUUUUCUCAAGAUCCAAAUGCAAAGCUGUUUGGAGGAGGUUAAGAAAAAAGAAAAAGAGGAGAAAGCUGAACUGGUACAAAGCAGCAUCAGUCCUUUCACAGACGAACAGAAGGAGGGGGAACAUGAGACUGGAACUACUGAGGUGCCAAGAAAUGGAAGUCCCAGAGAAGUCACUCAUUUACAGGUGAUUCGUAGUUAUCAACAACGUCUUCUAGAGCAAAACAGGCCGCAUAAACAGACUGUUGAAGAAGCUAGAAAGUGUCUACAGGAGUAUCAGAAUAAAUGGAAGCAAAGAUACCCAAGUAUUCCUGUAACACUUUUAAGUUCUGCAGAAACGAAAUCAGUUAAUUUAAAGUCUGCCUCUGAACCUGUCCUAAAGAAGCAAGGAGUACAUCCAACACAACACCAGUUGUCUGAACAAGUUCAUGCACAAGAGUAUAGCCAGUCCCUACCUAUGUUUUCAGGAGCGCCGCAUGUGUUGGAAAAACCAUCUUCACAGAAACAUGAAGAGGAAGUGCAUGAUGUUUGUCCUGGUAGACAUGUGCAGUUUUUAGAAACAUCAAAAUUGAGUCAAGCAGCAGUUCAUUUGCCAUGUAGCUCUCCUCCACAGGAACAAGUGGGAAUGUUGGAAACCUCCAAUACUCAAGUCAGAGAUUCAUCUCUGUUUGAGAUACCGUCAGGGUUAGUUAUGGCUUUGCAAGAUGUCCCCACUGUCACGAUGCAACCAGAAGCCCACAUACCACAGGCUAGAUUUAUUUUGCCUGCAAAAUAUUCUGCUGAGCUUUCACAAACAGUUGGGUUUGAUAAGGAGUCAUUAUCUCAGAAGGUGUCAAAGCAUCAAACAGAGACAGAAGCUAUAGAAGAGCCUCCGGUUACGGUAUCCCUUUUACCAACAAAGAGAUCUUGGAUAGCUCAGGCAGCCUCAAGUGAUUCUUUGGAGUACCGGCAGGGAUCUGCAGAGAACAGUAUCCAAACAAGCUUUGAACAACCCCCCUCUCUUUUUCAGCCUGUGACUUUAUCUGAGGAAGAACCUAAAGCCCAGGGUGUUCCGGAGAUGUUGAUAUCAAAAAGUGGAGAUGCAUCUUUGUUAAAUUAUUCUAAUGUACUAAAUUUAAGGGAUAGAGUAUUGGCCUCGUCAGAGAGCAUCCAAGCUCAGCAAAAGUAUUUGAAAGAACUGCAGGAGCAGCUAGAUGCACAAAGAGAAGCUCUUCUUUCUAGACAAAAAAUACAAGAACAACUACUUAUAAGGAAGCAGGAUAAAUUGAAGGAACAAAUGCAGAGACAGCAAGAGGCUUUGAAAGAAAUUCUGAACAAGCAGGUAAGACAUUCCAGCACAAACAAAGAAGGGACACAGGCAGAAAAGCCUGACUGUAUUAAUAUGACUGACUUUUUGCAAGGCUCAGAAAACUGCCAUCAAGAGAACUGUGAUACGAGUGAAUUUCAUGAAAAUGAAAUGAUUUCACAAUGCAUCAGUCCAACUGGACAAACUGAGCAGCCUAAGAAGUUUGAAUAUAAAGAACAGAAGUGGAGAUCUUCCAGACCACCUCUGACAAAAGUCAGGUUAGGGCUUGAUUUAGAACAACAUGAACUUAGUGUUAUACCAGAAAUAGACACACCGAGGAGCUGCAACAUUUCUUUUGAAGCCUGGUCCCAGGAUUCUCCUGUGGCUCAAGAUUUGCCAGUUCUUGCUCCUGAAAUUGGAAGUGGAGUUAUAACACAUUCUGGACCAUCAUUCAGACUCCAUGAUAUGGAAGUACUUUCUAAAGUAGUACCCAUAAACUUAGGUUCAGAGCCUUUCAUGGAAGGAGGACCCUGUGAUUUGUCGUCAACAAUUUCCACUGGAAGCUUUUUGGCUAGUGAAAUAUUGGACGCAAGCCCGGCUGACACUGGAUUGUCUUCUGGCAGUGCAGAAGAUGGAAUUUGGAGCCACCCUUGGAAUUCCUUGCUGCCUUUUAACGUGCAGCAGAGGCAAGAGAAUCUUUCUGGAACAUCUGGAGAUUUAAAUGCUUUAUCAGAAGACAGUACUCCUUUCCAGGUUCCAGCAGCUGAAUUUGAUUUUCCUGAAACGGAAAGACAUUUUCCUAACUCCCAUCACCAGCACUUUCAGCCUUUGGAACCAAGUCUUGACUUGGAUAUCUCAUCAUCCCUUUCUCAAUACAGGAUAUCGCAAGACAGCAGAGAACUUGGCAAGACCUCAGGAUUUUCAACAAAAAGUCAAGACGUGUCUGUGUUUCAAGAAGCUGGAGACUCCAGUUUGCACAUACAAAGGAACAGUUUGCCUUCUCAUCUUGAAACAAGCAAGUCAAACAACGCUACAUCAGAACAAGAGUCUGCGAAAGAAAAUGUUACCCUGGGAUCCGAAGAAUCUUUCCGUCUGCUGCAAUUAGAAUCGACUGUGAGUGAUCAUUGUCAGAGUGCUGAUCAGCCAGUGGACCCUAACGUUAUGUUAGAGAGGUCUUCUGAACAAAAUCCUGGGAUUAAAAAUUGGGGGGCUGAGAACUGUGUUUCUUCUGUCAGAGAAUAUGAAGAACUGGCAAGAAACAUAGAAUCUGUUAAUCUCCAGUGUUCAAUGGAAGAUCUGCGAAAUGAAAGUCGAAGCUCACUGGAAGAGCAAAGAUCGUUUUAUCAACUAAAUAUCACACCAGUUACGGUAGAUGAAACUUUAUCUGAACACUUACUAAAAGAGGAUGCAAGAUUCAAAAAAGAGACUGUAUGUUAUGAAAAAUUCCCUGUUGAAGCAUUUGAUAAGGAGUAUGUGAAGCUUACUGAAAAAUCCGUUUAUGGAAAUAAAGGGAACAAAAUUAUGGAAAUGGGUUCUCAGUGGAACACAGAUAUGAAAAAGGCAGAUCAAGGCUUUGCGGAAGUACAGAAGUCUUCCAGGAAUCCCACUGAAACCAAAUUAAACAUCUCAGACAUCCAUUUACAGGCUGUUGUACAACAAAAUGAUUCUUUUCUGGAAAGAUAUAAAAAACAUUCUAAUUCAGUGCUCAGAGGCUCUUGUCAUAUUCCAGUGUGGGAGACUGAGUCGGGGCGUGGUAUUAUGGAAGAACCUGAGCUCACUCUAAUAAGCUCUAAUGAUGUCAGUAUUGCAGAAUCGGAUGUUGAACGUACUAGCCAAGAGAAAACUAAAGAAGAUAAAAUCAAUAACCCAGCAUGUGUGGAUCACUCUGAAUUCAGUUUUUUUACUGAGGAGAGAGAACGUUUACCAGUAGCUCCAGAUGCGGAUGACUCCGUUUUCAGAAGGCCCGACAGUUCUUCCAAUGCCCAGAGUCCUCAUGACAGUCAGUUUCCAUCACGUCAGACUGCAGUGAUGUUGCUAGAGUUUGUUUCUACGCCAGGAAGUUUGCAAGAAUCUUUUUUAAAAAGAAAGAAAAACUUCAUUGAAGAAUCUCAGAAAAGGGUAGAAAAAAUAAAAAAUAGAGAGAGGAAAAAUGAAAAGCCAGAAGCUGAACAGCUUCAAAGAAGGAAGACUGGGAAGUUAAGCAGGCGAAAGGAGUCUUCUCUCACUUCUGAAAAAAAGGAUGCAGCUACUGGUCAGUUGACGAAAGUAGGAGAAGUGAAAGUGUGUUCUCCAGAAGAUCGGAAGUCUACCGAAAUUGAAAUGCACCAGCGUACUUCCAGGCUUUAUAAUCAACUUGCAGAAGUGAAAAUCAGAAAGGAGGAAAAAACAAGGCAAGAAAUGUAUGCUAAAAACAGAGAAAAGGCUAAAGAGUUUCAAAAGGUAACAGUAUCUGUUAUGGUGUCUUAUGUGGUCAGUUUUGAUUUCCCUGAACUUCCAGUGAGACUAUUGCAGAGCCAUAGUUUGUUUUGGUGUGAAUACAACAACUGAAAUAGAGACAAUGGAACUAGUCCGAAGGUCUCACAGUUUGGCCUUUUUGGGAACUGAAUGACAAUUCAAUGCAGCUUUUGUAUAAAUGAUGCUAUUAGUACCUCACAGACUUUACAACCAUGGUGCUGACAGGACUUGCUAAUACAAAGUAACUUCUAGGGCUGCAGUUUUCUCUAAUGGGUGUCUGCUUUAGGCUGAACUUUUCUGGUAAAUGACGUGGGCUAAGCAAAGUCUGUUAGAAGCUCCAACUGCUAGAAAGUUGAUAGACUAGGAUCUACUUGGCAAAAGAAUGGUGAUUCAGGAUGCAUUUUCCCAAGCUUGACUGAAUUUUCAUUAUAAGGCAGUUUUCCUUUCUUGCUUAACAUUUGUUACUCUAGGUAAAUUCUUAAGCUUCUACCUAGCUGAGCAUGCCCAGACUUACGGCUGCAGGGAUCCAGUCUGGAUUUGCAUAUAGUUGCUCUAGUUAAGGGUUUCCAACAGAAAAGACUCAAUUGUUAAUGCUUUCUUUCCCCUUGCUACUCUGCUGGGCGUUGGAGACUUUGAAGGAAUGAAAUGCUGGAAGAGUCCUGACAGGCUGAGACUGCUCUGCUGAGACUAAAUCCUACCUUAUCUACCAGCAAAAACAAAAACACACAACUGUUUUUUUUCUCUCUUGAUUAUACUGUUUUACAGCUUCUGUAAUGAACAGAUGAUUAAAUAACUGCACCCUUCCCCACUCCUAUGCAGAUCUUUUGGAUGAACAACAGUCAUCCAACUCUCUUGCCCCACUGUCUAAACUUGCAGUAUUACCGGUGUUCAGGCUAUAUACAUGAGUAGUACUUGAGAACUGUGUCCCCCCUCCUAUUGUUAGCUAGCUCCAGCAGCUUGGUUUUUAGUGUUAUCCUUUCUUAAGUUGUCUACUGUAGUCUCUCUUGGUUUGUCUUAUUUGCAGAAAACACUGGAAAAGCUACGAGCCAGGAAGAAACCUCGGAAAACACCAUGACUGGCAGAAGAUCUUGAGCAACAGCAGGAAAAUUACUUCAUUGGUACAAUCCAAAACACAGAGUGAGGAAAUUUGCACUAAGCAGUGUAAUUAUGAAACACUUAGGAAAAUCAAAAUUAAACAAUCACUGUAGUAUCAACAAUGAUGUUUUAUUGAAAAAUCACUACAGAAGCUGAUGCAGUUACUUAUUUAAACAUUGUUAACCUCUCAUUAGGUAGAUAGGCACUGAAAAGCCUUUUCUGAGGUUAGUGUUUUAAAGGAAGUUCAGAUUAAUUCUUGUAAUAUGUAUGUGUAAAAUUUUUUUUCAAGUAAACUUUUUGUAAUAAAACUUAGUCCCUUCUAUA